CCCGCGUGGUGACGUCAUCGCGCGAAGAGUUGGUCGCGGCGCCGUCACCCGCGUGGUGACGUCAUCGCGCGAAGAGUUGGUCGCGGCGCCGUCGCGCGACAUCGCGCAGUUUUCAAGAUGGCGGCUCGUUGCUUGGCGGCGGCGCGGGACAUGAUUCCUGGUGUGAGUCGAUCUGCAGCUCGUAGGUUCCACUUUGCCACCUAUGGGAAGCAUAACAAAAAUGCAGCAAAAGUUUCAAAUGAAAUCUCCACUCAGUAUCCCGUGGUUGAUCAUGAGUUUGAUGCAGUAGUUGUUGGAGCAGGCGGUGCUGGUUUGCGGGCAGCUUUCGGUUUAUCUGAAGCUGGGUUCAAUACUGCCUGUGUUACAAAGCUGUUUCCAACCAGAUCGCACACUGUUGCAGCACAGGGUGGAAUAAAUGCGGCUCUCGGUAACAUGGAGAGUGACGACUGGAGGUGGCACUUUUACGACACAGUGAAAGGGUCUGACUGGUUAGGAGAUCAAGAUGCAAUUCACUACAUGACUGAGCAGGCAUCAGCUGCUGUCAUUGAGCUUGAAAACUAUGGGAUGCCUUUUAGCAGGACGGACGAAGGCAAGAUUUACCAGCGUGCGUUUGGUGGGCAGAGCCUACAGUAUGGAAAAGGAGGACAGGCACAUCGCUGCUGUUGUGUUGCAGACCGAACUGGACACUCUUUGCUGCACACAUUAUAUGGCAGAUCUUUACAUUAUGACACCAGCUACUUUGUUGAGUACUUUGCUUUGGAUCUUCUGAUGGAGAAUGGGGAGUGUAAAGGUGUUAUUGCACUGUGCAUGGAAGAUGGAUCUAUUCACCGAUUUAGAGCCAAUAACACUGUCCUUGCUACAGGUGGGUAUGGAAGAACUUAUUUUAGCUGCACAUCAGCACAUACAAGCACCGGAGAUGGAUGCGCCAUGGUCACACGGGCUGGAUUAUCAAACCAGGACUUGGAGUUUGUCCAGUUUCAUCCCACAGGAAUCUAUGGUGCUGGUUGUCUCAUUACUGAAGGAUGUCGUGGUGAGGGUGGAAUUCUCAUCAACGGUGAGGGAGAGAGAUUUAUGGAGCGUUACGCCCCUGUUGCGAAAGAUCUGGCUUCAAGAGAUGUUGUUUCACGAUCCAUGACGAUCGAAAUUCGUGAAGGACGAGGAUGUGGCCCCGAAAAAGAUCAUGUUUACCUGCAACUGCACCAUCUGCCCCCUGCGCAACUGGCAAUGCGACUGCCUGGUAUUUCAGAAACUGCCAUGAUUUUUGCUGGCGUGGAUGUCACCAAAGAGCCUAUACCAGUUCUUCCCACUGUGCAUUACAAUAUGGGAGGUGUCCCCACCAACUAUAGAGGGCAGGCGAUUAACCAUGUAAAUGGUAAAGAUGUGGUUGUGCCUGGACUCUAUGCUUGUGGUGAAGCUGCCAGUGCUUCUGUUCAUGGUGCUAAUCGGCUGGGAGCAAAUUCCCUCCUCGACUUGGUGGUGUUCGGCCGUGCCUGUGCGCUAACCAUAACAGAAGUGUCCAAGCCCGGGGAAGCUCUUUCACCUAUUGACCCAAAUGCUGGAGAAGAGUCGGUGGCAAACCUUGACCAUCUGCGGUUUGCCGAUGGAAGUACUCGCACAUCUGAACUCCGACUGAACAUGCAGAAGUGCAUGCAAAGUCACGCAGCUGUGUUCCGCACAGGGCCUGUGCUAAAAGAAGGCUGUGAAAAGUUGGGCGAGUUGUAUGAUUCCUUGAGUGACAUCAAGACAUUUGACAGAGGAAUUGUUUGGAACUCUGACCUGAUUGAAACGUUAGAGCUGCAAAAUUUGAUGCUGUGUGCCAUGCAGACUAUCAAUGGUGCAGAGGCUCGCAAAGAGAGCAGAGGAGCCCACGCUCGGGAGGAUUUCAAGGUGAGAAUUGAUGAAUAUGAUUUUGCAAAGCCAUUGCAAGGUCAAGAGAAAAAAUCAGUUGAUGAACACUGGCGAAAACACACCCUAUCAUCUAUGGAUCCAAAAACUGGAAAGGUGACUCUGAACUACAGACCUGUAAUAGAUACAACAUUGGAUGCUGAAGAUUGUGCCUCCGUUCCUCCAGCAAUACGUUCAUAUUAGCACAACUGCACUGGUAAAUCCACUGCAAAGUGAAUUGGCGUAAAACAGUCAUCUAUCAAAUGCUUUAUUUAAAAAAACUCUGUAUAAUAUUGUAUUGGCAAAUUACGUUCCCAUCUGACCUGUUCCUAUUUUCUAACUAUCAAUUGUGUUGUAAAAGGUGAGCUUCACCUUCAAUAUCAUAGUGGGUGCUAAUAAUGAAAGCAAUGCUCUUUGUGUAUUUAUCCAUAAAUGAUUUCUCUUAAAUAGAAUACAUAAUUAGUGCAGCAGCAUUGGGGAACAUGCACUGCAGAUGCUAGAAGCAUCUCAGCCAGUUCAAUAGAAAAAUUAGUUUUGCAAUGACAUUAUGGAUAUGCGCUCCUGAAAUUGUAAAAUCCUAUCUCAAAAUGAUUAUUUUUUCCAUUUAUAAUGAAGGUUGGCAAUGAAUCCUUUGCUGUGGGAUAUUUGUACUUUGUGGGUCUUCUGUGUCGGUUCAGCUGAACAUUAUCUGUGAAGCUCCCACACAACAGCCGUGAUGGAUUGUUUUAUUGUUGUAAAAAGACUUGAAUGUUCAAAAGGAUACAUAUGUACUGUACAUUCUGAAUAAAGCAGAGUUCAGCACUCCCAAA